CAGUCUUACCUGAAAGUCCAACUCACGCUAAAGAGUAAUAGUCUUCCUGUAAGGUGAGAGUGUGCGUGUGUUUGCGCAGGAGAGGUUCAGCUGGUUCCCUUGGCAGUGGAACGAUACAGAAUGUAAAUACACAUGGAAGCUCCACCUCUUGCACUAUAGAGAGAGGUGAGGAAGAAAGGGAGAUAUAAAAGUGUGAGGAGCGGCAAGAGGACACCUAGCGGCUGAAAAAGGAAAGGAAAAAAAAACAGACAGGGAUGGCCUCAAAGGAAUGAAUGCACACUCGAGUGAGAGCACAGCGGGCCAGGUUGGGAUGGAAAAAAAGGGGGCGGGCGGAGGUCAGAACACAGGCAUGAGGUUGUCAAAUCAGCACCCCCUCCUCCUCAUCCCUCCAUCCUGUUUACGCACUUUCAAAGGACUUCUGUGUAAGCAAGGAGAAGAGGGAGUGAGGGGGACCUAGAAAUAGUGUACGCCAUCACAACACCUCUACAAAAGGCUAAGCUCUGAAGUAGAAGAGCAUAGUGGAUCAGUGGGUGCAAACAUGACUUUUUGCAAUUUUUAUUUGUUUGUCUCACUUGGCCUUUUGCUCUCGCCAACCUCUGAUGCUGGAAGACAGAUGGCUAAACUCUCUACCCGGAAACUCUGUGCAGACUCGGAUUGCAGCUAUGCCAUCCUGAUAGCUCGUGCUACACAAGACUAUAACCCCGAAGACUGCAGGUUCAUAUCCUUCAGACAGGGGCAGCUUGUUUAUGUCUAUGCCAUGCUGCAGGACACUGGUAACCUCUUCUGGGCAGGAAGUGUCCAGGAUGGAGAGCAGGGGGCUCGUCUUGGUCACUUUCCCAGCACUGUGGUGGAGGAGGUGCAUCCUCUCAUGCCGGCUAACACAGAAGUGAAGACAACUAAAUGGGACUUCUACUGUAACUGAACUGGCAUCCAAAAAGGAAGAGCUCAACCGUACAAGAUUACAGGAUUAUACACACCCACCUGCCAUUUCAUUACGCACACAUGACAAUUGAAUGCAAAGAUAUUUUUGUUGGAUUUUGCAGUGGUGUAAAAUUGAACUGCAUCAUACUGAGAGCUGUUUCUGAUUUUGUCACUUUAUAUCUCCAUGUGCAAACUGUAAUCAGAAUAAUAAACAUCCAUCCAUCCAUCCAUUUUCUAUACCGCUUCAUCCUCAUUAGGGUCGCGGGGGCAUGCUGGAGCCUAUCCCAGCUGACUUCGGGCGACAGGCGGGGUACACCCUGGACUGGUCGCCAGCCAAUCGCAGGGCACAUAUUGACAAAACACCGUUCACACUCACAUUCAUACCUAUGGGCAAUUUAGAGUCGCCAAUUAACCUCACCUGCAUGUUUUUGGGAAUGUGGGAAUUAACCUCACCUGCAUGCUUUUGGGAAUGUGGGAGGAAGCCGGAGUGCCCGGAGAAAACCCACGCACACACAGAGAGAACAUGCAAACUCCACAAAGAAAUGCCCAGGGGAGAACCCAGGUCUUCCCGAUCUCCAGGCUGUUCCUGUAUUGGCCAACGUGCUAACCACUAGACCACCGUGCGGCCCAAUAAUACACAUAUUAACUAAUAUUGUUUAAAUGCAUUUUAACUCUGUACAGUGGUACCUCGGUUUAUGUUAUUAAUUCGUUGUAAAAAUGUUGACAAAAACUGAAACGUAGGAAAACCAAAGCGGUCUUUCCCCACAGGAAUCCAAUUAAUCCAUUCCAGACACCAGAAACUAUUAACAAAAAAUGAAUUUUAUAGAG